UGUUAUGCCCCUGGGCUUUCAGCAGGGUGAACCCGUGCAUCAAUCAAUAGUCUCCUGUGCGUGGCGUGGUCAACCGUCGUUUAUUUCGCUGCUGGAAUCAGGAAUGGAUGCGGAGUUGGACUUUUACACGAGAAAAAUGUUGAUCCAGGUUCGGUAUUGCCAACAGCAGAAGUAUGUGAAGUUGGAUGAGGUUGAUGGAUGUUUUGAUUUUGUGCAGUUCCAUGACAAAGUCAUCGAGAGAUUUUGCCUGCCACCUGACGCAAAAUUAGUGUACAAAGAUGCAACAGGGACAGAAGUUGAUGAGGACAUUUUCAGUGACCUUGUCAGCCAAGGCAAUGUGACUCUAUCAGUUUUCUCAAAUGACGAAUUUUCCGAUUGCUCCUUGUCCUCUCCAUCCGAUUAUUCUGAUUCAAGCUUCAGUUCAUGUGCAAGUACAUCAACUAUACUCCUAGAUGAGGUUCCUAGGAAGAAACCAAGACUUGAGGGCCCACUUACUGCAGCAUCUGCUAGAAAGUUGAUUGAAGAUGUCCUUGGUACCAGCUCAGGUGGUGAAGAGGUCCUCCAAGAGUAUCACACAACAAAAACUCUAACAGAUGCUACCAGAAGAAAGUUGGUCAAUAUAAUAGUGGCACACAUGAUUGAUAAACACGGGCAACUCCCCAGCAAAGCUGUUCGAGAAGAGUACGCUCUUGGGAUAGUGACAGUGUUCCCGUCCCUCAAAGACCCAUACUCCAAGAAAGGCUAUGAACAUUUCUAUGAUGCUGCAAGCAGCACCGGAUACAUUUCUUGGCGUCUGAAAACGAUUCAGAGAAAGAUUCGAAGAGGACAUGCAUCUACAAGUAGCCCCACUGGCUUUUCCCCAGGAGGAGGAGGCCCAAAUGUGCGCAGGUCCAUUGUUGUUGACCAGCAGCUUGAUGGGGAUGCAUACCAGGAAGCCAUCUCCUUGCUCAACCAUACAACAGACAGUUCCGUAAUUUUUCUGAAGAUGAGAGAGACCUUUCAGAAUCGCCAAAAACUCAUCCACGACUCAGACAAAACAAGAUAUCUUCUCCAUCUUCCCAAGAUUCCUGGAUACAAAGGGAUUGAUGAAUCAAGACUUCACACUCCUGUUUGAAGAGGAGGUUUCCAACCUGCUGCUCCAGAAAUGGGAUCCGUUCUUCAGAGAUAACGUCAUCAAAGAGGCCAAGCGGCUCACCCCAACACCUGAGCUGCGCCGAAUGCUGCAGGCCGCAGAGUCUCCAGGAAGUGAACUUGAUGAGGCACCAAUUGGGUUAAAGUCGAUGGUGUUGAGUACAAAGGUGGACUUGUUGUUUGCAGUUCCAUGGAGGAAGACAUGCCAGUCUUUUGUCAAAUAGAUGAUGUACUUCUGGUUGAAGAUGACGUUUAUUUUUUGACAAAAAAGCUAUUUACAGAGAUGUUUGUUGAACACCACCAUGCCUUCAAAGUUUUACCCUCAUGUUUUAACUGACUGCAUUGGGGGAAAAGUUAAAAUAAAUUGUGUUUUUGAAAAUGCAUUUUUCUUGGAAUUGUCAUUUUAAUGGUUGUAUUGUACUGUUUUUUUUUUUUUAACUAUGUAGUGUCAAUUUAACCCAAUUUAGGAAGUUAAAAAGGAGCUUUGAUAUAAUGUAAAUCGAUAGUGUUAAUUUAACCCAGUUUAGAGAGUUAAAAAGGAACUCUGAUAUAGUGUUAAUGUAACUCGAUAUAGUGUUAAUUUAACACAGUUUAGGGAGUUAAAAAGGAACUCUGAUAUAGUGUUAAUGUAACUCGAUAUAGUGUUAAUUUAACACAGUUUAGGGAGUUAAAAAGGAACUCUGAUAUAGUGUUAAUGUAACUCGAUAUAGUGUUAAUUCAACCCAGUCUAGGGAGUUAAAAAGUAACUCUGAUAUAGUGUUAAUGUAACUCGAUAUAGUGUUAAUUCAACCCAGUCUAGGGAGUUAAAAAGUAACUCUAGGUACAGUGUUAAAUAAUUAACUAUUUUGAAAGUGUUAAUUUAACUCUGUAGAGUGUGGAGCUAUAUAAACCCGCAAAAAGUGUUAAAAUUGACUCUGUGGGAGUUGAUUCAACACUCCAGUUUUUGCUGUGUACGUUCACAGUUCUGUUGUGUUGCUUGUAAAUGGACUCCGGUUGUAGGUUGUAAGUGACGUGUGGAGAGAUGUUUUUGCACAUUAGCCGUCGUCUCUUCAGCGUUUUGCCUCUAAUAAUAAUAAUAACAUUGAUGAUGAUGAUGAUGCUUGUACAUAUGUGACAUUAUUUCAUGUUUUGUAUGACUGCUUUUUCAUGGUUGCAUUUGUCAGUCAAACAAUUGAAUGGAAAGUGCUUGUUUUGUUGACUCGGAAAAAAAAUGGCACAAUUGGA